AUGCCCCGUUGUCCGGCCUAUGCACUCCCACAGGUUUUCCUUAAGUACGACGCGUUAUACUCAUCAAAAAGCAACCCAGUCAGAAUAUACAUACCUCAGACUCCGAAUUCUCACUACUCAACACAUCCAAUGUCUAACCCACGAGUUUGGCUCAUUACCGGUGCUUCUUCCGGCUUCGGGAGACUAAUGUCUGAGCUUGUCCUCAGUAAAGGGGACAUUGCUGUGGCAACUGCCAGGAAACCGGAGACGUUGGACGACCUGAAAGCCAAAUAUCCUUCCACGAAGCUUCUUGUCCUGAAAUUGGACGUCACCCAUGCGCAGGAGAUUAAGUACGUCUUCAUCAAAGUCAAGGAAACGUUCGGCAGGCUGGACGUCGUCUUCAAUAAUGCUGGAUACAGCAUGCUGGGCGAAGUGGAAGCGACGCCGGAGGAUGCUGCUCGGGCGAUGUUCGACACCAAUUUCUGGGGUGCCACGAACGUUAGUCUGGAGACGAUAAAAUUCUUCCGCGGAGAGAACAGGCCGGCUGGGGGGAGGUUGAUCGUUGUCUCCUCUGAACUGGGUGUUCAUGCUAGCGGUGGCUGCGGAUUUUAUUCGGCUACCAAGCAUGCUUUGGAAGGCGUUACCUCCGCUCUAGCGCAAGAACUCGAUCCUGAAUGGAAUAUCAAAGUGGGUUGUUUUGCUACCGUACUCUAUAUAAGUUUAUACUCGUUGUACGCAGACUACUCUUGUGGAGCCUGGAACGUUCCGCACCGAGGUUAUCGGGAAACUCGGCGAAGGAUAUAAUCAUCCUGCGUACACUAAGCCCACUCUGAUCACCAACGUUCUUCGUGCGACUCUCCGUGACCACAAGAUGAAGGAAGGCGAUACCUCCAAGGGUGUGCAGAAGAUAUACGAUCUCUCUCUCCUUCUUGACCCACCUCUUCGGCUUCCCCUUGGGAAGGAUGCGGUUGAAAUGGUCAAAGGGGAGGCGAAGAGCAUUUUAGAUGAUGCCGCAAAAUAUGAAUCGUGGUCUGAAGGCCUGGAUUUUGACGCAUAAAUAGUAGGUCAAAUUUCGCAGUAGGUAAUGACUUUUCCUGUCUCUCCCGAAACCAGCCUUUCCCUUAGUAUUAGCGGUCAGACUUUCGAGCUGUUCGUGCACAAAUAGAAUUGAAAUAAAUGUAGACAUAAGGAGCCCGCGUAAAGCGCAGUUUUCAUGAGAUAAAUACAUGUUGAGCCACGGAAGAUUUU